UAGUGUAUCUGAUUUGAGACUAGAUUGAGACACACAUGUGCAGAAAGACAUGUAGGGCGCGUGUGUAUAGCGGAUCUCGCAAGCUUGCGACGCCUUGAGUCCCGGGCAAAAUCAUUUUCAAUUCCCGUAGCGUAAACUAUGAUCUUACGGGAGCCACAUCUUUGGCCAUUGUGACUGUCUGGGAUUGAUUGUGCUGAGACUGACUGGUAGUUUUGUAGCAGUUCCAAAUUUGUUCCUAAUAAUACAUCUGAAGCAUGUGGAUUUAAUGCAUAACAGAAUUAACGAUCAAAAUAGAUCCAUUUGUUUGUGCUGAGCUGAGAAUUGAACAGUGUUAUUCAACAAUUGAAUUAUGGAAGUGACAGAGAAGGAUGAAAUACCUCUUCCAUCAUCAUCACCUGUAUCACCACGGCAACCAGGAGGAGAAGAACCGCUCUCUCACCUGGAUGCAAUGGCUAUCGUGCGGAAGGAACUUGGUGAGGUCCUCGAUGAUCCCCUUCUGGAAGAUCUUCCCCAGGAUGUUUGUGUGGAAGAGGUGAACCUCCAGAUUGCUCUGGAGUAUGGUCAGGCCAUGACAGUGAUUGUCAAAAGAGCCGAUGGUGAUCUUAUGCCUGUAGUGGUAAUGCAGACUGCAACUGUUCAGGAUUUGAAGAGUGCCAUCAAGAGGUACUUCGAGCUCAAGCAGAAUCGAGAGGAAAUCAAAAAGAAAAUUAGCUGGCGGUAUGUCUGGAGGAGUUAUUAUCUUUGCUUUGAAGGUGAGAAGCUGACUGAUGAUUACAAGAAACUGAGAGACUAUGGAAUCAGGAACAGGGAGGUGGUAACCUUCGUCAAGAGGCUGCAUUCUAAAGGAGGUGGCUACUGAUCAGUGAAACAAUUGAUCAUAUCAGGAGCAUGCCCAAUGGUUCCAAUAGCAGAAAGUCCUAAGCGCAGCCAUGGCCUAAACUGAUGAUCAUAUCAGUGUCAUGAUCAGGUUCCAGUGGCAGAGAGUCUGAAGCGGAUCUAUGACUAACCUAAAUGGUUGAUCAUAUCAGGAUCAUGCGAAAGAGUUCUAACAGCAGAGGGUUUGAGGAAGCGCACAGUGGUCUGAAUGGUUUAUCAUAUCAGGAUCAUGCCAAAGGCUUCCAAUAGCAGAGGGUCGAGGAAGUGCAGCUUUGGUCUGAAUGGUUGAUCGUAUCAGAAUCAUGCCAAAGAGUUCUAACAGCAGAGGGUUUUGAGGAAGCGCAACAGUGGUCUGAAUGGUUUAUCAUAUCAGGAUUGUGCCAAAGGCUUCCAAUAGCAGAGGGUCGAGGAAGUGUGGCUUUGGUCUGAAUGGUUGAUCGUAUCAGAAUCAUGCUAAAGUUUCCAAUAUCAAAGGUUUUCAGGAAUUGCAGAACAAUCAAUCAUAUGAUAAUGCAGAAGGGUUCCGAUAGUAGAAAACCAAAGCACAGCUGUGGCCUGAACGGUUUAUCACAUCAGUAUUAUUCUGAAAGGUUCCAAUAGCAGAGAAUCUGCAGUCAUGGUCUUUACAGAUGUGUCAUUAAAGAGAGAUGGUCAAGAUCAAGUGCUAUCCUU